CUCCAAGAACCCCCCUUCUUCCUCCCUCCCUCUCCGAGGCCUGUCCACGGGGACUUGGGGUCAGCCAGAAAAGUCAGGCAACUUGUCAGGGACCAGAGCAAGGGGAGGUGAGGUCUCCCAACCUGGCUGGGAUUCAGCCCCUGAGAGCGCCGGCGGGUGCCCAGCCCCACCCCUUGUGCCCUGUCCGUCCCUUCAGACUUUGACCCUGAGCUCCAGUCCGGGCCGAGGACAGGAUGCCCCAGAAUCGGGAGCCUCCCUUCAGGAGAUAGGACCCUGGGCCCACAGCAGCUGCCUCUUUGCUGCAGAGAUUUGGCACGCCAGGUGACUGGGGGCAGGGGUAGGGGCACAAAAGAUCUGAGCGUUCCUCCGGUGUCGGCAGAGAAGGUCCACAUUAGAGCCUGACGCAGGUGACAACCUUGCAGGGACCACAGGCUGGCACGAUGCGCGUGGUCGUGAUCGGAGCGGGCGUCAUCGGGCUGUCCACCGCCCUCUGCAUCCAUGAGCGCUAUCGCUCGGUCCUGCAGUCGCUGGAUGUGAUGGUCUAUGCAGACCGCUUCACCCCACUCACCACCACCGACGUGGCUGCCGGUCUCUGGCAGCCCUACCUCUCGGAGCCCAGCAACCCACAGGAGGCGCACUGGAACCAGCAGACCUUCAACUAUCUCCUGAGCCUCAUCGGGUCUCCCAACGCCGCAAACAUGGGCCUGGCCCCAGUCUCAGGCUACAACCUCUUCCGUGAAGCCGUUCCGGACCCUUACUGGAAGGAUAUGGUUCUGGGAUUUAGGAAGCUGACUCUCAGAGAGCUGGACAUGUUUCCUGAUUACAGCUAUGGUUGGUUCAACACAAGCCUGAUUCUGGAAGGGAGGAUGUAUCUGCAGUGGCUGACUGAAAGGUUAACUGAGAGAGGAGUGAAAUUCUUCCUGCGGAAGGUGGAGUCUUUUGAGGAGGUGGUAAGAGAAGGCACCGAUGUGAUUAUCAACUGCACUGGGGUGUGGGCUGGGGCGCUGCAACCAGAUCCCCUGCUGCAGCCAGGCCGAGGGCAGAUCAUUAAGGUGGAUGCGCCAUGGUUGAAACACUUCGUUAUCACCCAUGACCCUGAGAGAGGCAUCUACAAGUCUCCAUACAUCAUCCCAGGGCUCCAGGCAAUAACCCUUGGCGGCAUCUUCCAGCUGGGGAACUGGAGUGAAACAAAUAAUAUCCCAGACCACAACACCAUUUGGGAAGGCUGCUGCAGACUGGAGCCCACACUGAAGGAUGCAAAAAUUAUCGGUGAAUGUUCUGGCUUCCGGCCAGUACGCCCCCAGGUUCGACUAGAAAGAGAACAGCUUCGCUUUGGAUCGCCAAACACAGAGGUCAUCCACAACUAUGGCCAUGGAGGCUUCGGGCUCACCAUCCACUGGGGCUGUGCCCAAGAGGUGGCCAAGCUCUUUGGGAAAAUUCUGGAAGAAAGGAAUUUGCUCAGGAUACCACCAUCCCACCUCUAAAGAUGCCAGUGACCUCCGCCACCCCUCAAUAACUCCCGGCUCCUCUCAGUCACUAAAAACUGUGCUCUAUCACUUGCCCCAGUCCACCCCACCCCUGACUUCUUUCUGCAAGAAGCACAAGGUGAGAGGAAACCACAAGGUCAAUUCCAAGAAGUGAGUAUGGCUCUUCCAGUGGCCGAGGUAUCUCUCUUGAGUCCACUUAUAUGGUGUCAUUGCUUCCUUUUUCCUCCUAAGGUGGGUAGCAGAAUCUAUUAACAUAGGUGGGUCACCUGUCUGGAGCAGGACAGCAGACAUUAAGAAGUACAGCCAGAACCGUUACCCAGUGCAUUCACAGAGGAAGGAAAGCUCAGAAAAUCCAAGUGGAGAGACAGCUCUGAGUGAGGAGGGUUGAGGAAGCUUUGAGUGAGGAAGCUCUGAGUGAAGAGGGUUCAUGAGGAAGCUCUGAAUGAGGAAGCUCUGAGUGAGGAGGGUAUGAGUGAGGAAGCUCUGAGUGAGGAGGGUAUGAGGAAGCUCUGAGUGAGGAGGGUUGAGGAAGCUUUGAGUGAGGAAGCUCUGAGUGAGGAAGCUCUGAGUGAAGCUCUGAGUGAGGAGGGUAUGAGGAAGCUCUGAGUGAGGAGGGUUGAGGAAGCUCUGAGUGAGGAAGCUCUGAGUGAGGAGGGUUGAGGAAGCUCUGAGUGAGGAUGCUCUGAGUGAGAAGGGUAUGAGGAAGCUCUGAAUGAGGAAGCUCUGAGUGAGGAGGGUUGAGGAAGCUCUGAGUGAGGAGGGUUGAGGAAGCUCUGAGUGAGGAGGGUAUGAGGAAGCUCUGAAUGAGGAAGCUCUGAGUGAGGAGGGUAUGAGGAAGCUCUGAGUGAGGAGGGUGUGAGGAAGCUCUGAGUGAGGAGGAUGUGAGGAAGCUCUGAGUGAGGAGGGUGUAAGGAAGCUCUGAGUGAGGAAGCUCUGAAUGAGGAAGCUCUGAGUGAGGAGGGUAUGAGGAAGUUCAGUGUGAGGGAGGGUGUGAGGAAGCUCUGAGUGAGGAGGGUUGAGGAAGCUCUGAGUGAGGAGGGUAUGAGGAAGCUCUGAGUGAGGAGGGUAUGAGGAAGUUCAGUGUGAGGGAGGGUGUGAGGAAGCUCUGAGUGAGGAGGGUGUGAGGAAGCUCUGAGUGAGGAGGAUGUGAGGAAGCUCUGAGUGAGGAGGGUGUAAGGAAGCUCUGAGUGAGGAAGCUCUGAAUGAGGAAGCUCUGAGUGAGGAGGGUAUGAGGAAGUUCAGUGUGAGGGAGGGUGUGAGGAAGCUCUGAGUGAGGAGGGUGUGAGGAAGUGCCGAGUGAGGGAGGGUGAGGAAGCUCUGAGUCAGGGAAAAUGUGAAGAAAUGCUGAGUAAGGAAGGAUGUGAGGAAGCGCUGAGGGAGGGAGCUUGUGAAAAAAUGCUGUGUGAGGGAGGGUCUGAGGAAGCCCUGAGUGAGGAAUGCUGACUGAGGAGGGUGUGAGGAAGCUCUGAGUGAAGAGGCUCUGAGUGAGGAGGGUUAAGGAAGCAGUGCGUGAGGAGGGUAUGAAGAAAUGCUGAGUGAGGAGGGUAUGAGGAUGGCUGAGGGAGGGAUGGUGUGAGGAAGCUCUGAGUGAGGGUCUGUGUGAGGAAGCGCUGCAUGAAGAGGGGUGUGAGGAAGCUGUGUUAAGAGACAGUGAAAGUGGGAGUGUUUCCCAACACUCAGGAAGCUCUGAGUGUUGGAGGGUAGAAGAAGUGCUGAGUGCGGGAGCUCUGAGUGUGGAAGGCGUGAGGCAUCUUUGAGUAUGGCAGGGUGUGAGGUAGCUCUGAGGGAGGGAGCUCUGAGUUAGGGAGUGGAAGCUCUAGUGAGGAGGCUCUGAGUGAGGAAGGUUGUGGAGGCUGCUAGUGAGGGAGAGGGUGUGGAAAGCCUGAGUGUGGGGAGUCCUGAGUAAGGGUUAAUGUGAUGCAGCUCUGAACGAGUGAGGAUGUCCCAACCUUGGUGCAGUAAGGCCACAGAAAGCACUUGAGGGAGCGCUGUAACAGAUUUCAUGGCAGGAGUAGGCCAAAGAGGUGAGACAUUGAACAACAUGUAAUGCCUGUUCCACAUCCAUGCUAGAACCAUGCUAUCUUGAUUACUUGUAGCUUUGUAGUAAGUUUUAAAAUCCCAGCUGGGAUUUUUGAUAGGGAUUUUGUUAAAUUUAUGAGGUCAAUUUUAGGAGUUCUGAUAUGGACACCUUAACAGUUUUAAAUCUUCAGAUUCAUGGUCAUGGAAUGUCUCUAUUUUUUAGAUCUUUCUUUCAGGAUUGUUUUAUAGUUUGUAAAUGUCUUGGACUCUUGUUAAAUUUAUUCUGUUUUAUCCUUUUUGAUGCUAUUGCGAGUAGAAUUGUUUAAUUCAGGAAGUGCUCUGUUUUCUGGCAUGUGGGGGCAGGAAUAUUUGAAGUGGUUCAUCAUCAAAUAUUCUGGAUUAAUGGAGAAUGAUUAUAUGUGAUGUAUCUAGAUGUUCAAAUGUCAAGGAAUCAGAAUACAGUAAAGUACCAACAGUGACUAAG